AGGGGCGUUGCUGACGGCAGCUGGGGGCUAGAGCGAGGCUCGCGAGCAGGCGAGAAGCGACGGCGCGAGCUAGAGAGGGCGCAACGUGAGGGUGGCUGCGCGAGGGGACCGGCGGCCCGGGCCUGGGCCCGGGGCGCGCGAGACGGCGGAGGCGGCCCAGGGCCUGGCUGCCGCCAUGACAGAAGAGUCAGAGGAAACGGUCUUGUACAUCGAACACCGCUAUGUCUGCUCAGAAUGCAACCAGCUCUACGGAUCCCUGGAGGAGGUGCUCGUGCACCAGAACUCCCACGUGCCCCAGCAGCACUUUGAGCUGGUGGGUGUGGCUGACCCUGGUGUCACGGUGGCUACUGAAACUGCUUCAGGCACGGGCCUCUAUCAGACCCUGGUCCAGGAGAGCCAGUACCAGUGCCUGGAGUGUGGGCAGCUGCUGAUGUCACCUAGCCAGCUUCUGGAGCACCAGGAGCUGCACCUGAAGAUGCUGGCGCCCCCGGAGACAGUGCCUGCCGAGCCGCCUCCCAAGGUGCCGGCCCUGAGCUCCAGCACCAUCCACUACGAGUGUGUGGACUGCAAGGCGCUCUUCGCCAGUCAGGAGCUGUGGCUGAGCCACCGGCAGACGCACCUCCGGGCCACACCCACGAAGCCACCAGCUCCUGUUGUCCUGGGCUCCCCCGUUGUUUUAGUGCCCCCUGUGGGCCAGGCCCGAGUGGCGGUGGAGCACUCCUACCGCAAGGCAGAGGAGGGUGGAGAAGGGGCGGCUGUCCCCUCCGCAGCUGCCGCCACCACUGAGGUGGUGACUGAGGUGGAGCUGCUCCUCUACAAGUGCUCUGAGUGCUCCCAGCUCUUCCAGCUGCCUGCCGACUUCCUGGAGCACCAGGCCACCCACUUCCCCACACCGGCCCCAGAGCCUGCAGAGCCCAGCUCACAGCAAGAGACCCUAGCGCCAUCACCUGCUGAGGUCCCAGCAUCUCAGCCCGAGCCCUUGCCAGCCUCUGACCACAGCUACGAGCUGCGUAACGGCGAAGCCGUUGGGCGUGAUCGCAGGGGGCGCCGGGCCCGCAGGAGCAUCAGUGGGGAGCCCAGCGGGGCAGCCACCCAAGAGCUCUUCUGCUCUGCCUGUGAUCAGCUCUUUCUCUCACCCCACCAGCUGCAACAGCACCUGCGGAGUCACCGGGAGGGUGUCUUCAAGUGUCCUCUGUGCAGCCGGGUCUUCCCUAGCCCUUCCAGCCUAGACCAGCACCUCGGAGACCACAGCAGCGAGUCCCAUUUCCUCUGUGUGGACUGCGGCCUGGCCUUUGGUACUGAAGCCCUCCUCCUCGCCCACCGGCGAGCCCACACCCCAAACCCACUGCAUUCGUGUCCCUGCGGAAAGACUUUUGUCAAUCUCACCAAGUUCCUUUAUCACCGGCGUACCCACGGGGCUGGAGGUGUCCCUCUGCCCACGACACCAGUCCCCCCUGAGGAGCCAAUCAUUGGUUUCCCUGAGCCAGCCCCAGCAGAGACCAUAGAGCCAGAGGCCCCGGAAGUCCCUGUAUCCGAGGAGAGCUCACCAGGGCCCGCGGCCCCAGGCACCUACCGCUGCCUCUUGUGCAGCCGUGAGUUUGGCAAGGCCCUGCAGCUCACCCGCCACCAGCGCUUUGUGCACCGCCUGGAGCGGCGCCACAAGUGUGGGAUCUGUGGCAAGAUGUUCAAGAAGAAGUCUCACGUGCGUAACCAUCUCCGCACACACACAGGCGAGCGGCCCUUCUCCUGCCCUGACUGCUCCAAGCCCUUCAACUCACCUGCCAACCUGGCCCGCCACCGCCUCACACACACUGGGGAGCGCCCCUACCGCUGUGGGGACUGCGGCAAGGCCUUCACACAGAGCUCCACGCUGAGGCAACACCGCCUGGUGCACGCGCAGCACUUCCCCUACCGCUGCCAAGAGUGUGGGGUGCGUUUCCACCGGCCCUAUCGCCUGCUCAUGCACCGCUACCAUCACACGGGCGAGUACCCCUACAAGUGCCGUGAGUGCCCCCGCUCCUUCCUGCUUCGUCGGCUGCUGGAGGUGCACCAGCUGGUGGCCCAUGCUGGGCGCCAGCCCUACCGCUGCCCAUCCUGUGGGGCUGCCUUCCCCUCCUCCCUGAGGCUCCGGGAGCAUCGUUGUGCAGCAGCCGCUGCCCAGGCCCCCCGGCGCUUUGAAUGUGGCACCUGUGGCAAGAAAGUGGGCUCAGCUGCGCGGCUGCAGGCUCAUGAGGCAGCCCAUGCAGCCGCUGGACCUGGAGAGGUCCUUGCUAAGGAGCCACCGGCUCCCCGGGCACCCCGGGCCACCCGCGCACCAGUAGCCUCUCCAGCAGCCCUUGGAGGCACUGCCGCUACAGCCCCCGCAGCCCCCACUCGGCGCCGGGGCCUGGAGUGCAGCGAAUGUAAGAAACUGUUCAGCACAGAGACGUCGCUUCAGGUGCACCGGCGCAUCCACACCGGCGAGCGGCCAUACCCAUGUCCAGACUGUGGGAAGGCCUUCCGUCAGAGCACCCACCUGAAGGACCACCGGCGCCUGCACACAGGUGAGCGGCCCUUCGCCUGCGAAGUGUGUGGCAAAGCUUUUGCCAUUUCCAUGCGCCUGGCGGAACAUCGCCGCAUCCACACAGGCGAGCGGCCCUACUCCUGCCCUGACUGUGGUAAGAGCUACCGCUCCUUUUCCAACCUCUGGAAGCACCGCAAGACCCACCAGCAGCAGCAUCAGGCAGCUGUGCGGCAGCAACUAGCAGAGGCCGACGCUGCUGUGGGCCUGGCAGUGAUGGAGACUGCAGAGGAGGCCCUGCCCCUGGUGGAGGCCAUUGAAAUCUACCCGCUGGCCGAGGCUGAGGGCGUGCAGAUCAGUGGGUGACGCAGACCCAUGUCCCUGUUGCUGAAGAUCCUUCUCAGCGUCCCUUUAAAUCUCUGUACAUAGUGUGCCCAUUCCUCCUCCUCUUUUUCCCACCCUGUAGUGAGUACUGUAAUUGGAUUUAUUCUCUCUCCUCAGGUGCCCUUGUUCUGUAUAAAGGUCCCCCUGUUCCCGACCUUCCACCUGCUAGCACUGGUGGCCCCAGGGAGAAGCAGUCAAUAAAUAAAGACUGAGUUG